AUACUUAAGUUUAAAAGUUGUAAAAUGUAAGAAACUUAUAUAAGCAUAAUUAUGAGGAUAAUUUUUUUAUGGAUUGUACACAUUUUAUUAAGUCUUCUCAGAAAAGUUGAAAUGAUCAAUUUCCGGUUGUAAAGAAAGUCCCGGGCGUUAUGAAGUGUAAACCGCAACUAUAUAUAUAUAUUGUUAACUUCAGUGCAUCAUGUACAACGUAUUGAUAAGGUUCGUCACUAAGUUGUAUGGCCUUGCUAUUGUGAUCAAUGUAGCAGUAGGUUUCCCAAGAUUUCAAAAUGUGAUUCCUAAUGGCGAUAAGUUACCACAUCCAUGUAAACCUAAUUAUAUAUGGCAUGGCGUUGGACAUAGAGCAGACGGAGGCGAAGGGCCACUGAACGAUUUCGGAAAAGACUUCCUUCGACAUGGAAAGAUAUGGAAUAAAUCUUUAUGCAAGCUUGAUUCUGACAAAGAUGGAAGGAGUAAUGGAGAAGAACUUGGUGACCCUAAUUGUAUUUGGACACGAGAUACUAUUCCACAGAGACAGAAUAAUAUUACACAUCCCGGUGUAUGUGAUCCUUGGGAAAGUGAGGAAUGCAAGAAACAAAAUACAUGGGUUGACUGUGAUAUAGACGAACUAAAAUGUGCAGCCAUUCAUGAGACAGGUGUAAUGAAUAUCACGAUUCGAAUGCCGGAGACCCCGGUACCGAACAGAGAGACAAACUAUAUGUGCACUAUGUUUGAUUUACCAAGCAAUGGAGACUUUCAUAUGAUUGCCAGUGUGCCUUAUAUUGACAACAUUUAUGUAAUGCAUCAUAUGUUGUUGUUUGGGUGUGAAGAUACAGAUUACGUCAAACAGACCAAACCUAAUAAACCUGAGCCCUGUCUGAUGGGAGUAAAACACUGCAAUGACAUUAUAAGUGUAUGGACUGUGGGAUAUGCUGGACAGUGUGCAUCAAAAGAGUUUGGAUUUAGAAUUGGCGUGAAGGGAUAUAAACGUGUUGUACUUCAGGCUCACUGGAAUAACCCCGAGUUGAAAGAUAGUUAUGUCGAUAGCUCUGGUCUAACGCUUUAUUAUACAAAUAAACUAAGACCAAAUGAUGCAGCAGUGAUGCGGAUUGGCAGUAGCUAUUUUGAACUGCCACCAGGAAGAUCGAAAGUGGAAGUUGUUGGAACAUGCUCGUCGCAAUGUAGCAAAGCGCAGUUAAAAGGUCCCAUUUAUAUCACUGCAGCUGGAAAUCAUAUGCAUUAUUUGGGUGAAAAACAGAAGAUAGAGUUGAUACGUAAUGGCACAAAAAUUCAAGAUAUUACAAACGAAGACAAUUAUAAUUAUGAUAAACCAGUCACGCACAGUUUUAAAAUCCCAAUUGAAGUACAACCUGGAGAUGAAUUGAAAACUACAUGUGUGUUUAAAACUACAUCCAAACUAAAUUAUACUUACUAUGGACAAGGUACAAAUGACGAAAUGUGCUAUGGAUUUUUGAUAAUUUAUCCUGCAAAGAAUGUGAAACGAAAAUUUUGCACAUCUUGGAAAAGCAUUCCAGUAUGUGAACUAAAAGCUCCAAUAGUCAGAGGUUGCCAAACAGCAAAAUUAACAAACUUAUCAAAUCCCGAGUUUACUGAAAUGAGAAAUGCUGUGAAAGAUAAUUGUUUUACAAACGAUACCUGUUUAGAGAAAUGUAAAGACAAACUAACAAUCAUUAACAUUCAUCCAUGCAUGAACGGAGAUGUAGGACUAUAUAUUAAGAACAGAUUAAAUAGAUUAAAUGACCCUAGUGUGACAGAUUUUUAUCAUGGGAUUGAAUCAUGCUCCAAAGAGUUUAGAACUCAUGUAUCAAAACCGCCUACAUCGAAAUCGAGCAGACUUCUUCAAUUGCACAUUGUAUUUGUGUUUGGUUUUAUUGUCAUGUUCAUCAGAUAAAUCAAUGUUAACUUGGUUAUCAUGUUUUUCACAUAAAUGUAUGUAAACAAA